AUGGAUCUUUUGAGACAAAGCUUCCUGGAGGCUUCCCUGGUCUCCUGGAACUCGGCGAUGAACGCCUACGAAAAGGCCGAGAAGUGGGAAGAUGCCCUAGUGCAGGUGGAGAAGAUGCGUGCCUUGCGCGUGGAGCCGGACGUGAUCACUCUCAAUACAGCGAUAAGUUCCUGCGAGAAGGGGGCAUGCUGGGAAGCAGGGCUUGCUCUUCUUGGCUCCAUGGCAGAGUCGGACGUCGUCCCGGACGUCAUCUCCUUCAAUGCAGCCAUAAGUGCCUGCGAAAAGUGUGGGCAGUGGCAAGAAGGCGUCGCGGUGCUUUCGUCUAUGGCCAGCUAUCGUCUCACCUCCGACGUGAUCUCCUUCAAUGCAGCCAUCAGUGCCUGUGAGAAAGCAGCCAGGUGGCAGGAGGCUCUUCAACUGCUGGAUGCCAUGGCGGUGACGGAGCUGCACCCGGACGUCGUGUCUUUCGGUGCAGCCAUCAGCGCUCUGGAGAAAGGCGGCCACUGGCGUAUGGCGCUGGAGCUGCUAGCUCGGAUGCCGGAGUUUGGCAUCUUGCCCAACAUCUUCGCCUUCAACUCUGCGAUGAGCGCUUGCGCGGUUCAGGUGCAGUGGCAGCAGACUCUGCGGCUCUUCGCGCAGCUCCCGAUCAAUUCCGUGCAACCUCAGGGCAUCACCUACAAUGCAGCUAUUACUGCGUGCGAGAAGGGUGGCCAAUGGCAACGAGCUCUGUUGCUGCUUGCAGAAGAGGGCAGCGCAGGACUUCAGCGUGACGUCGUAGCGUACAACGCAGCCAUCAGCUCGUGCGAGAAGUGUGGCCAAUGGCAUGUUGCCUUGGCCGUACUGGCGAAGAUGCUUGCCUCGACUGUUGCGCCGGACGUCAUUACCUAUGCGGCAGCGAUCAGCGCCUGCGAGAACGCGGAACAGUGGGAGGAGGCGCUGGUGCUCCUGGAGCAGCUGCAGAGCUUUCGACUCUCAGCGAACCUGAUCACGUACAGCGCGGCCAUCAGUGCAUGUGAGAAAGGUGUCAAAUGGCAGCUGGCCUUGGCACUUUUUCACCAGAUGCGCUCGCAGCGGCUGCUGCCUGACCUGAUUGUGUUCAAUGCCACCAUCCUGUCCUGCGCGAGUGCAGGGAUAUGGCAGCCCACGCUGGCCCUUCUCACGGAGCUGCGCCGGCAGAUGCUGCCUCCUGGUGUACAAUGCUUCAGUGCAAUCACAGGCGAGAGCGACGGGGCCAAAUGUCCAGCAUCUUCCCUCUGCCCCCUGCAGCAAGCCUGUUUGCAAAAUAAUCUGUCAGGUGCUUGUACGAAGGGGCGUCAGAUGGCACGUGCCUGUGAUGUGGCGGUGGCCGUCGAACAGACCUCUCUGCGCCUUCUGCGGGGCGUUUGGGCGCAGAAAAACUGGAACGGCAUGCAUCGCCUCCCAAGCCUUAUUAGGUCGUCGCAGGUCACAGUGUCGUGA